AUGCAAUUACAGCGGGGCCUUGCGGUCGAUCCGAAUGGCGAUCCGAUGGCCAUGACCGAAGACGGGUUCCACUGCGCGUACCUUCGCUUACAUGCUGAUCUUUUCCAAGGCUCCAUCGAGACGCAGAAGGCUGCGCUCAACGCCGCUUUGCCACAAGAGAUCGAGAUCCUGGGUGCCAAGUACGGCUUGCGACACGAAUUCGAGACGCACUACUGCGCGGUGUGCGAUCACGCCGGACACCAGUGGGGCGCUUGCAGGAAGCCGGUUUCGACUUCGGCCACCGCCGCCCCUGUUCCGGGGGCCUCGACCUCGACUUCGACUUCGACCACCGGCUUCUGA